GACAGUCAGAUGACACCGGCGAUGACGAUGGAGAUGUCGGUGACGAUCAGAUGGAACGUGAAGAUAACACACUUUGGUUUUUUGUCACAAAAGCACAAACGCACGCUUUGGUUACAGGUGUACCCGCAGCAGCAGCAGCAGCAGGAGCAGCAGCAGCAGCUGCGCGCUCUUACAUUAAAAAACAUGCGAUUUAAACGGCGGCGCGUUUGCGCAUCACGUUCGCUGCGUAAUCGUGUUUUGAAUAUUCUGUAGAAGCCGUGCGAGGAUCCUCGGUGCUGCUGGUGCUGGUGCUGGUGUUGUUUUUGUGGUUGUGAGGGAAGCAGCGGCAGCGGCGGCAGCAGCAGCACAGAGAGGAAACGUUGCGGGAGAAGAUGAGGAUUGAUUUGUUUCACCUUACUAGGAAGUGAGUGUAGUGUCCGGGAAGGGGAGGGACUCACUCCGUAUGAGGCGCUGCUGUGCUGCUUACGAGGCUGCACCAGCGCAGCCUUUCCUUCCUAAAUACUCCAUUCCAUGCGCGUCAUGUGCGUUUAAGUCACCGAGGCUCGCGCAACAAAAGAAUCUCGUGUUUUCGUGUUUAUUCAUCUAACGUGAGUUUUUGUGCCGGCUCUGCACGGCCCGGCCUGGCCUGCGCACUACUAGUGCGUGUGCAGAAGGGAAGCCAAUAGCGCAGGCUAAUGGUAGCGCGGCUUACUGGCCGUCAAGUUUCGUCCGUGAACUUUGUAACAUUUCGGUGCCAUGUCCAGCCUCCAGCUGCUGCUCAGGAACAGCAGGGGAGCGGGCUCGUGGUUCGGUCGCAGCGGCGCCGGCGCACUUUCAGGAGUUCACUCGGUCGCGCGGCGCACCAUCAUAGAUCUGUCCUACUCCACGCACUUCAUGGAUUUUAACGGAUCGUCGAUACCGAGCAGCAUGAAAAAGCUGGUCGUCACUAAGCUCAGUCCCGAUUUCAGAAGCGCCGUUUCUGUGCAAACCGUCGCGAUUCCGACUCCCGGAGACUCGGAGCUGCUCGUCAGGAAUCGUUUUGUGGGAAUCAACGCCAGCGAUAUUAACUACUCCGCAGGCCGCUAUGACCCCUCAAUGAAGCCUCCCUUCGACGCCGGUUUCGAGGGUAUCGGCGAGGUUGUCGGCCUCGGCCUCAGUGCCAGCUCCCGUUACACCAUUGGGGACACUGUGGCCUAUUUUGGCAGUGGUGCCUUUGCCGAGUACACGGUGGUGCCUGCCAAGGUAAGUGUCCCUGUGCCUGCAGUGAAGCCAGAGUUCCUCACCCUGCUGGUUAGCGGUGCCACAGCCUACAUUGCCCUGAAACGUCUGGGCGACCUGGCCGAAGGUGAGACGGUCCUGGUCACAGCGGCAGCAGGAGGGACCGGACAGUUCGCCGUGCAGUUUGCAAAACAGGCCGGUUGCCACGUGAUCGGGACCUGUUCGUCCAACGAGAAAGCCGGCUUCCUCAAGUCCCUCGGCUGCAACAGGCCAGUCAACUACACCACAGAGGACCUGGCCAAGACGCUUAGGAAAGAGUACCCAAAAGGCAUCAAUGUGGUGUACGAGUCAGUCGGAGGAAGCAUUUUAGAGACGGCGGUGAACAGUUUGGCCAAUAAAGGCCGGCUGAUAGUAAUAGGCUUCAUCUCUGGGUACCAGACACCAUCAGGGAUUCCGCCUUUUAAAGGAGGAACACUACCGGUCAAGCUGCUUCAGAAGUCGGCCAGCAUGCAAGGUUUCUUCCUGCCCCACUUCUUAAGCGACUACACAGAGGCUCUGAGUAGUAUGAUACAGAUGUUUGCCAAAGGGAAGCUAGUGUGUGAGGUGGAUUAUGGGGAGCUGGCACCAGGGGGGAAAUUUGUAGGUCUGGAGUCCAUCUAUCGGGCCAUGGACUACAUGUAUGCUGGGAAAAACCUAGGCAAAGUGGUGGUGGAAGUGGCUCCGCCCUCUGUUAGUAACAGUAAGCUGUGAUUUCAUAGAUAAGUGACCUCAAAUGAUUGUGUUUAAAAAUGGAAAACUGUGAAUCUGAGUGUUAUUAUUUUUGUAAAAUGACUGAUGUGGGAUUAAAGAUUAACCUUGAUGGUGCGUUGGUGAAUAAAUAAAUUAGCAACUUAAUAUUGAUUCUAUAUCUUAUUUUGAAAACUUGUGCAAUAAAAAUAAAACUAUUUAAUUACUA